AUGUCCUUCGACCCGUCGCAAUGCGUGGGCGACUGCCCCUUCUGCACCAUCAGCACCACCUUCGCCGCGACCCCCCCAUCCGCGCCAGUAGCCUUCAACGCGGAUCUGGUCACGCCAUCCGCAUUCGUGGUGCUCAGCACGCCGCUGGUGAUGGCGUUUUUGGAUAUCAUGCCGUUGUCGCCGGGGCACUUGCUGGUGACGACGAGGAAGCACCAUGAGAAGGUGUCGGAUGUGACGGAUGAGGAGGCGAGGGAGUUGGGGUAUUGGUUGCCGGUGCUGAGUAGGACGUUGGCGAAUGCGACGGGGGUGUGGGAUUGGAAUAUUGUGCAGAAUAAUGGCGCUGCUGCUGCACAGGUUGUGCCUCAUGUUCAUUUCCAUAUUAUUCCUCGACCGGCUUUGACGCCUGAACUUCGCAAUAAGAGCUUUACUAUGUUUGGGAGAGGACAAAGAACGGACCUCGAUGAGGAGGAAGCCGCCGAGCUGGUUGAGAAACUCAGACAGGAACUGGCCAAGGAAACUGGGAAGCCGAAGAUAUAA